AUGAAACUAUGGCCCUUUGCCUGCCUGGUAGCCUGCUUCGUGGGGGCCUGGGUCCCGACUGUCCAUGCCCAAGGUGCCAUUGAAGACUGCUGUCUGGGUUACCAACGUAACACCAAAUGGCACAUUCUCCGGCGUGCCACUCGUUACCGGGACCAGCUAGUGAGCGGAAGCUGCAACCUCCGUGCUGUGAUAUUCUACUUCCGCAUGAAUAAGGUGGUGUGUGGGAACCCGCAGGACAAGGAUGUGCAGAGGGCCAUGAAUAUCUUGAGUGCCAGGAAGAAGUUUGACAACUCAAAUAGCUCCCCAGCCCUUCAGGCCGAGAGGAAGAAACAGAAUCACGAGAGGUCCAAAGUUAAGAACCCUAGCAUCCGAGUGAGGAAUGCCACCAUGAACCAUUCCAGGUGA